AUGACACUACACAUUAAAUCAUCCUCCUUCACUCUCCUAAGUAUAUAUAUACGAGCAACCGUGACAUAGAAAUCGAGAAAACUCUUCUCACUAUCACCACAACAACCCCACCACAUACCGUUCAUAUCAUGCAAGCAGCAGCCAACGCAGCCCAGGCGAAAUUGGGGAAGGAGCCAACUAUCGUGGAUGCGCAGUACAAACACCGUGAAGAUGGAAAAACAAUGAAAGCAUUGGCCUGGUUUAGUGCCAACGACGUUCGCAUGGUUGACGCACCCAUUCCAGAUAUCACUGAGCCGGAUGACGUUAUCGUCAAAGUUACUGGAACAACAAUCUGUGGUUCUGAUCUGCACCUAUACCAUGGUGAGAUAUUAGCCCUUCAAAAGGGAGAUAUUCUGGGCCAUGAGUUCAUGGGCAAGGUUGAUCGCAUUGGCCCAAAUGUCAAGAAUCUCAAGGUUGGCCAACGUGUCGUAGCAUCAUUCCAGAUUGCAUGCGGCAAUUGUCGGUUCUGCAAGCAAAAACUCUCAUCAUUUUGUGAUCGAACAAACAGUUCCUCCCUACAAAACUACAUGUACGGCACCCGUGAUGCAGGGUUCUUUGGCUAUUCCCACUUCACAGGGGGCUUCCCAGGUGGUCAAGCAGAAUACGUCCGUGUUCCUCUUGGCCAGGUCAAUCUCCUCCCAAUCCCCGAUGACGUCUCCGACGAGAGAGCACUUUACCUCUCCGAUGUGCUUCCGACAAGUUAUCAUUGUGUUGUUGACACAGGGGUAAAGGAAGGAGACGUUGUUGGAAUAUGGGGAUUGGGUCCCAUUGGACAAUGUGCCGCACGGUGGGCGAAGCUCAAAGGGGCCUCACGCAUCAUAGGAAUAGAUCGGGUUCCUGAACGCCUGACCUUUGCGAAGGAGAAAUCUGGCAUCGAAGUUCUCGAUUUUAGUAAACAUAAAGAUGUUAUCAAAGAAAUACACAGACUUGUUCCAGGUGGUCUGGAUGUUGCUUUGGACUGUGGAACCUUCCACGAGCCGAAGACCUUAUUACAUCGUGGCAUGAAGAUGCUAAUGCUAGAAACUGAUGUGCCUGAGACAGUCAAUGAGAUGCUCGGUUCGGUUCGGAAAAUGGGCAGCUGCGGGCUUAUUGCUGCAUAUGCUGGAUUCACGAAUGGUUUUAACAUCGGUGCACUAAUGGAAAAAGGCAUCAGGCUGAUCGGUAAUGGACAAGCUCCCGUACACAAAUAUUGGGAAGAAAUUAUCAAGGACUACAUUAUCCCGGGGAAAUUUGACCCGACUUUCAUGAUAACUCAUCGUGUGCCGAUUGAUGAUAUGGCGAAGCUGUACCCAGCCUUUGACAAACGUGUCGGUGGCGUAGAAAAAGUGUUCGUGGAAACACAGUUCUCUGCACCUCCCAGCGAAGGUUGUCCUACUAUAAGUCGAGUGGAUGACUGGAAAAAUUGAAAACUGUCGUGAGACAGCGCGGCGUGCCACAAGGAUAUUUGUAUUUGUAGGGUUUAAAGCGUUUGUUCUAUAGGACAACCAUGCUGUAUUUGUUAUAAUAUAUAUUAUAACUGUAACUUAGCUUGUACACUAAUGGCGGUAUAAACGUGAUUCGCAAAAUGGUAUCGCAUCCUUUCGCCUCGAAA